ACAAGAAAAAAAAAAUCGUUAUCGUUUCCCCGGAAGGCCGAAACCACCCCCCACCAAACCUUCGCCGUCCUGCCAGUGCCGGGCUUGCCGCGGCGGCGCCGCCGCUCCGCCGGAUACACCGAAGCGCCAGCCGCGCGGGGUGAUAAGACGCUCCUGCGCCCAACCCAAUGGCGUGGGGCGUGCCCACGCGGCCGUCGUCGUCGCGGGUGCAGGCGCUGUACGAGCUCUGCAAACGCACCUUCCCGUCCCCUCCCUCCGCCGCCUCGUCCUCCCCACCUCCGGCCAACGCCGUCCGCAGCAUAUCCUCCCUCAUGGAUACCAUCACCCCCGCGGACGUUGGGCUCAGGGACGAUAAUGACCUCGAGGAUGAGGGCGGGCAUGGCUUCUUCGAAUCGAGCUUCAUGAAGGGUUCGGCCAGGGCCGCGAGAUGGGCGCAGCCUAUCACGUAUCUGCACAUCUACGAGUGCGACGCCUUCACUAUUGGAAUAUUCUGCUUACCAACUUCAGCCGUCAUUCCUCUUCAUGAUCAUCCAGGAAUGACUGUAUUCAGCAAAAUCCUGUAUGGUUCCAUGCACAUUAAAUCGUAUGAUUGGAUAGAGCCUACUGUACUAGCAAGUGAUCAGUCAGUGAGACUGGCCAAGUUACAUAAGGAUGAUGUUCUUACUUCCCCGUGUCCAACCACUGUUUUGUAUCCCCAAAGUGGCGGAAACCUGCACUGCUUCACUUCAGUAACUUCUUGUGCUGUCCUUGAUGUACUUGCCCCACCAUACUCUGAAGAUGCUGGUCGAAGUUGCACUUACUUUCAUGAUUAUCCGUUUUCUAGCUUCUCAGCUGGACGCACAAAAGUGGUUGAUGACGCAGAUAAUUAUGCCUGGAUUGAGGCCAUAAAGACACCUGUAAACAUUUACAUGCGUCCUGGCAUGUAUACUGGCCCAACUGUACAGGAUCGUCUGUCAUAGCCGAUGAACUGGGGAGCAUCAACAGUGUGUCCAGGCACCCCCUCACCAAUGCACCUUUUCGAAUGUAGCGUUGUAAAUGCACUGUUUCUAUGUUUAUAUUUUACUUCUCUAUUUAGUCUUUAUCUCAGAAGAGCUGGUUGACUAUGGUGAAUAUAUGAUUAGAAAUUUCUCCAUGUUUAUUUAGUGGAGAAAUUCCCAUUCUGUGGCCUGAGCUUGUUCCA